CCCGCGGACCUCCGGGCACGUCACUGCGGUGGUGGCGGGGAGAGAAAACUUGGCUCUGCGCAGCUGGAGUUGGAGGAGAUGGGAUUCUCUGGUGCAGAUGAAAAUGCUGCUCCAGAGGGAAGGAUGGGAGAGAGCGGGACGCAGGAGCCGUCUAGCGACCGUCGACGUUCGAAGGUCGGAACGCGCUGGGCGGGCUGCGGGCUCAAAGCGCAGCGGCCACUGACGCGCGCGGGCGCAGCGACCUGUGAAGCCGUUAUUAGGCCUGUUUUGAAGAGAGGAAACUCAGAACAGAGAAGCCUCGGAAUGAGUUUCUGCUUUACUGCGUUUUCCUCUCACCUGGGAGCUGAUUGGACAUAGUUCUGCCUAUAGAAUUCGUCCCAGGGACACGUUGGUUUUUUGAGGUAGAGACUGAAGGAUGAACAGUUCAAGGGAGAUGAAUUCAACACGUUAGAUGAUUUCCGUUACAGAAUACUUGAGGGCAGGCACUUUACUCAGUGGAGAUGGGGGUGUGUUGGAGCCAUAUGUGUCACUGUCGCAGCAGAUGGCGCCGCCGAGUCCGAGGAACAGCACCCCCAACAGCAGCAUCGGGGGCAACGGCAACGACCAGCUGAGCAAAACCAACCUGUAUAUCCGAGGACUGCAGCCGGGCACGACGGACCAGGACCUCGUCAAGCUCUGUCAGCCAUAUGGCAAGAUUGUCUCCACCAAGGCCAUACUGGACAAGACCACAAACAAGUGCAAAGGCUAUGGCUUUGUGGACUUUGACAGUCCUUCAGCAGCACAGAAGGCUGUGACCGCGCUGAAAGCCAGUGGCGUGCAGGCACAGAUGGCUAAGCAACAGGAGCAAGACCCUACAAAUUUAUACAUCUCAAACCUCCCCCUGUCAAUGGAUGAGCAAGAACUGGAGGGGAUGCUGAAGCCGUUUGGCCAGGUUAUCUCCACCCGAAUCCUUCGAGACACUAGUGGGGCCAGCAGAGGGGUCGGCUUUGCGAGGAUGGAGUCCACCGAGAAGUGUGAAGCCAUCAUCACCCACUUUAAUGGGAAGUAUCUUAAGACGCCCCCCGGAGUGGCAGCACCGUCUGACCCCUUGCUUUGCAAGUUUGCCGAUGGCGGGCCAAAGAAACGACAGCACCAAGGAAAAUUUGUGCAGAACGGACGGACCUGGCCAAGGAACGGAGACAUGGGUGGUAUGGCCUUGACCUAUGACCCCACCGCUGCUCUUCAGAAUGGGUUCUACCCAGCCCCUUACAACAUUGCCCACAGCAGGAUGCUUGCUCAGUCUGCGCUCUCCCCAUAUCUUCCAUCUCCCGUGUCUUCCUAUCAGAGAGUGAUUCAGACAUCUCCUCUACAAGUACCUAACCCAUCCUGGAUGCAACACCAGUCGUACCUCACGCAGCCUUCAGGCUCACUUCUUACACCAGGGAUGGACCACCCUCUCUCUCUCCAGCCUGCUUCCAUGAUGGGACCUCUUACUCAGCAAUUGGGUCACCUGUCACUCAGCAGCCUGGGCCCGCUCCUGCCAACGGCUGCUAUGCAGGGAGCUUACAUCCCCCAGUACCCUCCUGUGCCUUCUUCCAAUGUGUCUGUGGAGGAGAGCAGCGGUCAGCAGAAUCAAGUGGCCGUGGAGACACCCUCAGACCAUGGGGUCUAUCCUUUCCAGUUCAGCAAGUAAUGAGGCCCGGGUCUGAGAACAGAAGCCUGUGCAUGCCUGCCUUGGGCUGUUUUCCCAUCGAUGGAGCCGGGGGAACCAUGUUGCUUUCUGUAUGUGCUACAUCCAAGAUCAGAAAACCUUACACUGGUUGAGCCGCUUCUCAUCUUCACAGAAAGGUUGGGGUUUGUUGGAAAUACUUAGGAAGGCUUUUAAAAUGAUUUCUUAAAAAAAAAAAAAGUGCUGGGAAACCGAUGGAGGAGUCCUGCUUGCCAACUUUAGUUAUGGACUAUUUUUGAUGUAUGUGUUUGAAAUAUGCAGAUUUGAAGUUUUUUGUGUUGCAAAGCUCUGAGCUCACACAUCGCAUUUCAUCCCCGACCCCACCACCUUUUAAGGGAGGGAGGGUCUCAGUGGCCAGAAACUCAACUCUUGAACUCACAGGGAUCCUACCCACUCCAUCUCCUGAGAGCACCACUACACCUGGCAAUUUUUUCUUUAGCUUUUUGUCCAGAUUGUUUUUCUCUUUUCCAUUUAGCUGAGCCUUGCCUACUUGCCUUUUUGCAGUUUUUAAUUUUAUGAAUUUGACUUAAAUUUCAUGUGGAACUGGGGGAAGGGAGAGAGCAUCACACAGACCGUGGAGGUGGCUUUCUCUCUGCUUUCCGAGAAGAGAUGUGACAACUGCAGCCUUUGGAAGUCACCCUUUAACCAGAUCUGGUGGCAAGUUCAAGAAGGAUGAACUUACUGAUGUCUGAGAGGUGUUGGCCAGCUUCAGCGUUUGGGGACACCUGCUCUGCCUCCUGGAGGGUCUUCAUCCUCCCCCAGGUCUCACAGCCCCAUCCCUCUGCUUGUGGCCUUGCUCGGUCCCUUUAAAGAUUAUUCCCCGCUGAGCAAGUUCAGCCCUUCACUUUAACUGGAGGUUAUUUUGUCCCUAAGAGGCUGUUGCCAUGUCUAUCAUCUUUGAUUGCCAUGCCUGGGAGUGGUCGUGUGUGCUUGGCACCUAGUUGUUGCAGAUCAAGGAUGGUCCUGAAUAUCUGACAGUACAGAACCACACCUCACCUCCUGGCAGAGUUAUCUAGUUCAGAUAAAGUAUUUCCCUGCCUUCUGGAGUAGGCUAAAUCCCCAGCCCACCCUGGACACAGAGCCUUGUAAAUUCCAUGUAACCGACCAGGAGUGCCUGCUGCGUUCAUUUGAAUUCUGUCCAUUCUGCCUCCUGGUGGAUCAUUUCUGCCUGGGGUCUCAGCCUCUCAUCCCAGCUGUGACCUUGCUGAAUCACUUAGAAAUUCAGCAGGAGCUGUCUUAGCAGGGCUCACUCAUGGUUGUAUAUGUAUGCCAAAUGCAGUUGAAGGGAUGAAAGUGAGAACUGUACACUGUGUGCUGUGCAUGCCUGAGAAAGGACAAGCUCUCUAUGUAGGAAGUACCCUGCUCAGCUCUGGUGUGUCUGGACCCCUUCCCCUGGGAACCAGACCACCAGAAAUCAUUGUCCUUCUUGUGGAAGGACAACAGGUAGCUGGGAUAGAAAAGGCAGUACUUCAGCUCCUUGCUUACGUCAGGAGGGACCUUUAAAUGUUGUCUUUAGCCCUUCAGUCAGACCUUCCCCAUAGGUGGAGAUGGGGAAUGUGUUCACAGGCCUGUGUGCAAGAAGAGGGCUCGAGUGGGGUGGUGGUUGGGAAACUGGUUCAGCAGCUGGGCAUGCUGCACCAUUAGGAAUCCUGGCCUGACUGUACCGUGCAUUCUGGGAAUUAGGGGUUCAUGGCGGUGGCAAGCAUACAGUAUAAAGAACAAAAUUACCACAUUUUUCAUUGGUGCUCCCAACCUUAGGAAGGUCAGUCCCAUCCUGUUAAAGGCCUCCAGCCUUCAAUGACAGGACACUCAAGAGGCUGCUUUCUUGUUAGCGGUUUUUAAGAACAAAAAGACCAAGCCCAGAACUGUUCUUCACUCACCUGUUCAGUGGACUGGGGGACCUUGCUGACCAUCAGGCUCUGACGCCACUGCUCCCCGUCACUUACCUCUUACAGCCCGUUUCCUUUUCUGUAGUCCUAAUGCAAUUCAAACGGCUGAUGGUUUUAGAACAUGAAGUUAUCUCUUGAGGUUUCCCACUGGUUAGAUUCCAGUGUUUCUGGUUGAACAGGUGUGAACACGGGGAAUGAGGGUAACCUGUAAUUUUUUUUUUUAUAGCAGUUAAUGGCACUGUGUAAUUCUGCUUGAUUUCCAUUCUCUCUUGUUGGCUCAUUACUCAGUGAGGUAGUGACUAGAGACAGGAAGUAAGGAUGCAGGCUGUAGAGGGAUGGUCCACAUGACACAGCUCCACAGGAAGCGCCUCUCCACGGCCCAAGGCAGUGGAGUGUUGAGACACCAUGCCCAGUGGUUCCUGAAUCCUGCUGGCAUGGAGGUCAGACCUUUCUCUGUAUCUCACCCCAUAGAUGCUCACAACAUUUUGUUUCCAGUUAGAACACACUGGAGUCCAUUCCUAGGACGGUGUAACUCUUUACGAGGCUCCAGGCCUAACCCGCAUCAGUGUUAGUAGCAUUCCUUUUGGGUGCACAGGCUACAGACGGCCUGGGCUUUUGAGGAAGAUGCUGAUUAAUUAGGGAGAUGUGGGAACAGUGAUGGAGAGAUUCUUACUAAGAACUGCCCAGCUUGUGAAGUGAGGUGCCUCUGAGAGGGAACAGCUCUUGUCAGUAAUAAAGAUGGGGCGGUAUGCCAUGAGGGGGAAAGAAGAGUUCGUUGCUCUUGCUUCCCAUCCCUCCUGGACGCGCCCCACCUUCUGGAAAAAAAGUGUCAGAACUGCCAAGAGCGAUACAGUGAGUAGGUGUUCAGUCCAAACUUACCCAGCCUUUUCUAGACCUGAAUUCAGAGAAUCACAGUCUAUGGAGGCAGAUCAAAUCUGUGCCUUAUUACACUGAUUCUUCUCAGUUCCUCUGCGAUCCAACCACUCCCACUUCUGAACAGCCCACCUUUUAAAUGUGCCUUUUAGCAUUAGAGUCCUGAAGCUGACAGGCUCUCCUGGAGCCUCUCCGCAGCAGCUAAAACCAGCCUCUAUUUGUCUCUUCUGCUUUGUGCUGAAUCUCGCUGGAAAUGGUUUCCAUGUGGUGGUGGUGAGAAAGCUCCAUGUCCUCAUCGCCCUCGUGACUGCUCUUACUGGAGUCUGUUUGUUCAAAACAAGCAUUUACUGUCCCAGCAAAUCCCCAACUUCCUUGUCCUCAUCACUCAACUACCUCAGUCUCAGGAUUUAACAAGAGCACAAGCAUCUACUUGCCUAACAUCAGCACUGCCCUUGUCUUCAUGGACUUAGAAACAAAUGCCAACUCUUCAGUUCCAGAACUGGAACUGCUCUUUCUGGAUUGUCUUCUCUAGCGAUCUUGGCUCCCCUAUCACCUACAAUGGUGUGAGCUCUCCAGAUCAGUCCCUGUACGACAAGCCAGGGCCCAAGCUGUGCACUGACCACCUAGGGCAGUUACUAGUCACCCCAGAAACACCAGCUUUGGAGAAUAAGAGAAGAGACUGGAGGAUGCCCUAGAGCUGAGCGCUGUUUGUGAUUUUUUUCUCUUUUUGGUUUUCCGAGACAGGGUUUCUCUGUGUAGUUUUGGUGCCUGUCCUGGAUCUCACUCUGUAGACCAGGCUGGUCUCAGAGAUCCGCCUGGCUCUGCCUCCCGAGUGCUGGGACUAAAGACUGAUUUUGAUGGGCUGGAAUGGAUGGGUCUGCUCCUGCCGGUCUCUGGGGCGAGUGACGGCUCCAUUGGAUGCACUUAUCACCCUGGAGAGGAGGUUGAAGUUAUACUUAGAACACAUUUUGUACUUUUUCCCCUUUACCCGGAAACCUGUAGUUUUAUAUUCUCCCACAUCUGCCAAUACUACCUCCUGCUCGAUCUCCUCGGCUGACUUCUGGUUCCCAUCGCUCCCCUGUGAUUUGGAAGAGCUUUACUUUUGCUAACUUCAAUCUUUUCUUUUAAAAAAUAAAAAUAAUAAUAAUAAAACACAAAAGCCUGU